AUGAGAUCUGGCGACGAGUCCCAGGCUAUUCCAAACCCAGCUCAGUCUAAGGAAAACAAAACGGCUGCAGAUCUGUGGGGCAAAUUGGAGCAGAUCAUCCGUUUGGCCUUGGGCUUCUUCCAUCACCUCUGCACCUCUCUCCCCCCCUCUACCUCGUGGUCUCACCUCCCGGGCUUCGCAUCCAUCUACCACUCCCCCACUCACCUCCGUCUGCUCAGCGGUCUUUGA